UUUAUUAGCAUUCGUAUUAUACCGAUAUAUACACAUUUUUAGGAUUUACUUUUUUUAUGUCUAAUUUUUAAACAUAUGUAUAGAACUGUGAGAUUUAAACCUUUGACUUUAAUACCAUGUUAACAAUCAUUUACUUCACAAAAAUUUAAACUGAUAAAUUGUUUAAGAGAUUGUGACUUUAAUAUUUAUAUCCUUCAACAUAUAUUUGGUUAAUGAUGCCUUGGGUUUCUUUUUAUUAACAGAAAGUACUGUCUCCAAGGAUGUUGAGAAUUGGAUAUAUGCAUUACUUUCCAAUCUGUUUUUGUCUUCUAUUCCUUACCUUGAUAGGUCUUGUAGCUGUAAAUGGAGAUCUAAAAAAGGAAUUUUACAUUGUUUUCUUGAAAGAUCGUCCACUUGAGGAGGAAUCUUUGUUUCAGUCACACAUUGAUGUCCUCUCAACCUUGAAGGGAAGUGAUGCUGAUGCUAAGGAGUCCCAUGUAUAUAGCUACACGAAAAUCUUCAAUGCAUUUGCUGCAAAACUAUCUGGAGAUGAAGCCAAAAAGUUAUCCGGCAUGGAUGAGGUGCGUGCUGUUUUCAAAAAUCAAUAUCAAAAGCUACUUACAACUCGAUCGUGGGACUUUCUUGAUUUUCCUCAAACAGUAAGAAGAAAUUUGAAAAUGGAGAGGGACAUUAUUAUUGGUGUACUAGAUACAGGUAUCAGUCCAAAUUCAGAAAGCUUUAAGGAUGAUGGAUUGGGUCCUCCACCAGUGAAAUGGAAAGGAAGUUGUGGCCCCUUUGUUAAUUUUUCAGGAUGCAACAACAAGCUUAUAGGAGCCAAAUACUUCAAGGCAGACCAAGAACUCUUACCUGGGGAAAUAUUGUCACCGGUAGAUGUGCACGGCCACGGGACUCAUGUAUCAUCAACAGCUGCUGGAAGUGUUGUAGCAAAUGCAAGCGUAUAUGGACUUGGUAGAGGGACUGCACGCGGAGCAGUGCCCUCGGCGAGAUUGGCUAUGUACAAGGUGUGCUGGGCCGGCGAGGGUUGUGCAGAUAUGGACGUUCUUGCAGGCGUUGAAGCCGCUAUCAGUGAUGGUGUUGAUAUACUGUCCUUGUCAAUCGGCUCUCCGCCGACCGAAGAUUUCUUGGACGUUAUAGGAGUGGCUUCAUUUUUGGCCAUGAGAGCUGGUGUCAUCACUGUUGCUUCUGCUGGAAAUGAUGGACCAACUCCUGGUACCGUCGGAAACCAUGCACCCUGGAUAUUAACCGUGGCAGCUACUGGUAUGGAUCGACAAUUUAGGAGCAAAGUUGUAUUAGGCAAUGGAAAAACCACUUCAGGAAGGGGAGUAAACGCAUUCAAUCCUGAGCGUAAAAUGUACCCACUUGUUUUCGGGGCUGAUGCAGCCAUAACAUCUUCGAGAAAGUUAUAUGCAAGUUAUUGUGUUGAAGACUCAAUAGACCCUGUGAAGGUGAAAGGAAAACUUGUCUUGUGCAAUUUACUGUUGGAACUACCUGAUUCUUAUAUCAAAAGCAUUGGAGGGAUCGGCACUAUCAACAAUAUUAGUGGUGGGAUUCUUUACAAUGACGGUGACCAAAUUUACAUGGCACCAGGAACCACAGUGAAUUCCACCGAAGCUGAACCCAUUAGUGACUACUAUUUACACUCUGUAAGAUCACCAUCUGCAGUGAUAUACAAGUCACAAGAAUUUAAAAUCCCAGCUCCAUUUAUGUAUAUUUACUCGUCUCGAGGUCCAAGUCCAGGAUCAGAAUACAUUCUGAAGCCUGAUAUUGCAGCUCCGGGUGUUGGCAUCUUGGCAGCAUACACUCCUCUGGCAACACUUACCGGGCGGAAUGGUGACACCCAAUAUUCGAAAUUCACAUUCAAGACUGGAACUUCUAUGGCAUGUCCACAUGUUAGCGGUAUAGCUGCCUAUGUAAAGUCAUUCCACCCGGAUUGGCCCCCCGCUGUAAUAAAAUCCGCUAUAAUGACAACUGCAACACCUUUGAGCCUGGAUAGUGAUGCUGAAUUUGGCUAUGGUGCUGGCCAAAUGAACCCAACCAAAGCAGUGAACCCCGGCCUAGUCUACAACAUUGGUAAUGAAGAUGAUUACAUUCCAUUUCUAUGCCGAGAGGGCUACAGUGGAUCCAUUCUUGCCUUAUUAUUCAGUUAUAAUGUGAAUUGCUCGAAUUAUCCUCCUCCAACAAGUCAUGAUGCUCUUAACUAUCCCACUAUGCAACUUUAUUUGAAAAACACUACUCAACUCCCAACCACAGUUGUUUUCCAAAGGACUGUAACUAAUGUUGGUCCUUCUCCAUCCAUUUACAAUGCCACCAUUAUAGCACCCAAAGGAGUGGAGAUCACUGUCAACCCUAUGAGUCUCUCCUUCUCUACUGCCUUCCAAGAGCGGAAUUUCAAGGUCGUGGUGAAAGCGCAACCCAUGUCUAAGGGUUUAAAAAUUAUUUCAGCUUCGCUCUCAUGGAGAAACUCUAGACAUGUUGUGAGGAGUCCAAUUGUUAUUUAUCAAUGAGAAGAUCGACUUACCCUGCAAUGAAUUAUGUAGUGUUAUGAAUUUGCAAAAAGGAUGAAGCUAGCGCAUGAUCAAAAAUAAAAAUGGAAGAUAAUCCAAUGUACGUGAUUUAGGAAUACUAUGUGUGUGUAUGUGUAUUGUAACUCUUUGAGAUGUAAGCUUUUUCGUGAUGCAUCAUGAAUUGCCAAUUUAUCUAGUUUAUCACACUACAUGGAUUUUAUUUUA